CACUGAUUUGCCACCAAAAAGGGGAACCAAAGGGCUACACCAUCCCAUUCCGAAGAAAGGUUAAUCCUUUUGCUUUCUCAAAACGUCAUUGUCCCUACAUCACCUUUUCUUUCUAUUCCAUUCAUUCACAUUCAUUCAUUCCUUUGACAUUCGCCAAUCCGCCCCCACUCCACCUCUUUCGCUUUCUUGCGCUCACUCAUUUUCACUUUCUUUCUUUCAUUUCUCUCUUUUCUUCGGCUCCACUUUCUUUAUCCUUUUAUUCUUUUUCACCCCUUUGAGGACAACUAAGAACGAGGCUUUACUUCCCUGAUAAGUACAAUGGCAUCCUUUGGGAACUCGAUUCUAUCUACCCAUUCUGGUCACCAUCGUAUCUUCAUCGGCCCCAUCGUCCUGAAGCAUCAUAACCACAGCAACAGCAACGAACCCACCUCUCACCAGGGACAAGCGAAAUCUUUCCAUUCACAUCAUGCCAACGCUCGUCACUCUACACAAGCAGCUGUACCAAAGCCAUGGUGGGUUCAAGGGUCAUCCUUUCUCAAAUCUCAUACUUUGCCUCACCAGACUUCAACGCCAACUACUGCACCAGUUCCCGGCACGACACCUACCUCUCCAGCACCCUCAGCAAUACCAAAUGCUCCCCUGCAGCAGACCAGUAUACCCCAGCUAUCCUAUACCUUUAGCGACCACAGCUCCGACGAGAGCCACGAAACUGAUGAUGAGGAUCCAAAUGCUUUCGACAGCGAAGACGAGAGGCGAGACUACGAGCAGGAUAAUGACGAGGAUGGCGAGGAUGAACGUGGGGAGCGCGAGGGCCAUAGAAAGCUAGAAUAUGGUCCGGAUCGAAACAAAUCCGUGCAUCCAUUUCAAAUAUCGACAUCCACAGCUUCUGCAUCAUCCAACGAAUCACUCUCCGCCCGUGUUGGACACAGCCUCCAGGGCUACCAUGGAACUUCUGAACACAGUGAUCCCACUCAAGGACGGCAUGAACUGCCACAUACUGGAGAUAGCGCUGGCGGAUGGAGGACCAAGGGCCCGGAGGUAAAAGGCAAAGAGAGGGCGGCUGAGGACAACAAUGAGCCGAUAAUGGCGACUGCUACCCGGUGGUCUUCCAAGGAGAAAAAGCGCACGAAGAGCAUGCGAGAUGAAGGGGAACCCAACCGGCUUAAAAAGUUUUUUGGACACCAUCGGAAAGCACGACCCCAUGAAGGCGAUCUCGACAACCCGGACCUUGGAUGGGAGAGCGAAGGAUCGAGAAUGCCUCGACCACGACCUACCAGACAGAUGAGCUCAGGGGCAUUGAUAGUCGGUCAACAGCAUCUACAUAAGAACCACCAUCCAGUCCUUGUGGGAUCACCAUUAUCAUCUGUGAUGGACCUUCCAGCAACCAACCACCCAGUCUAUGUCAGCUCCCCUGUCUCUUCAAUGGUGGAUGUCAGCAAGCCUGAAAAUUUGGAACGGCCCGAUCCGAUUCCUAUUCAGAACCUGCCUCCAGAGGAGAGCGGCGUACAAAAGUCAGAUCAUUUGGGUCCAGCCUGGAAACCGUCAUCAUCAUCAGUUAAAACACUUUCAACACCAUCUUCGCCGAUAAACAGCAAUAUACGGCGUGGGGCAACUUGGGUCACAGCCCGAGAAUCUGUCUCCAGUGUCAACCGGGAUUCACUCUACGGACAGGCAUUAGAGGAAGAAAAUGAGGAAGAUGAGGACGAUGCGGAUGAACAUUACUCGCUUGCAAAAGUAAUCAGUCGUGAGAGCGACAGCGGUGCAGGAAUUCGACCUAACGGCCAGGCCGAGGGAGCAAUUCGAACGAGUCAGGAAUCAAAGGAAAAGACGAUGGAGGAAUUGGCCGUCUCAGAUACUGCCUCUCAAAAGGAGCCGCUUUCAACAACGAUCAGCAAGGCGAGCACACGAUUCGGUCGGGCGCUUUUAAACAGGUCUCCAACAGGAAUGAAGCGACAGAGCGACAUGCCAAUCAGGACGAGUGUGCAGCCCGUCGAAUCGAUAUGUUCGAUUGACAAGGGUUGUCAACUACAAACGGACAGUCCUGUCAAGAAGAAGCAUGUACGAUUCCUGACCAAGGUGCAAUACCAGAUCAAAUCUAGUCGAGAGCCUACCUUAUUGUCGACACAUCCGGUCGUGAAACAGGAUCGAAUGUUGGUCAGGAAGGAGGUGACAGAACGAUCUGGACCCCAUGUCUACAACUCGGAUACUGCUCGUCGCCUGGAGCGCAUGAGUCAAGGGUGGAAGGAAUGGUGGUGUGUCAUGAAGGGGCCACCUACUGAUUCGAAACCACCUGUCAAGAGGAUUCGAAGGAGAUCCAAAGCCGACAAGAGAAUCGAGAAGGGCCGUCUCGAGUUUUAUUAUAACCAUAAAAAAAUCAAUGGGACGGUCGUCCUGUCGUCUUGCACAAGCGUCUCAGUCUACUCCUCUUUGGACUAUUCGAUUGCUGUGACUCAGAACUAUCCAGAGGCACUGGGAUUGACUGUAUACAUUCUUCGCCCUCGCACCAUUUCGCUUGCCUGUGCGUGGUAUAUGGAUAUUUACACGCUGUUGAACGGGAAUGCGCCUAUUCCACCCUUCAUUGAGAUCGCGGUGCCGGACUUUGAUGUGAAGAUCAGAGUCCCUAUCCCCGAAGAUUCAGAUUCAGGAACCGACGAUGAUGACGACCUGGUCGAGAGUAUCGAAGAUGAGGAUGAGGAUGAAGGCAUGGGUACGGCGCUAAGUUCGACAUUACCAUUUCAGGAACAACAGGACGCUGGUCAAUCAAGCACCACAACCCCGCACGAGAAUUAUCGGACGGCAGCAUCGGACCUCCCCACACGCAUGCUGUCCAAGACGUUUUACCUCACAGACGACAAUGCACGACCUCAACUGGUGGCGCCAGACGAAGUCACGCCCAAGUUGUUGCGAUCCCAUGUUUUGUCGUUGCUCAAAGAUGUUCCGGACUGGACAGAGGUGGUCAAGAUAUGGCAGGAUCCAGGACAGUAUGGCGAUGUGGCACUCUGUUGGAAGCGUUAUGAUCGAAUCGAGUGGAUUUAUUGGAACGAAAGAGUGCUAUCCGAGACGAAUAAUCUACACUUGCAGAAGGGUCAUAUUGGAUUUGCGGAUGGUUCAGAGUGGACUGGCAGAAUGGAUUGGACCGUUGUAGGACCACAGGUGCUGGAUAAGACACAUCUGUUGGAACUGAGACCAAUUACCCACUACCCAUCCAAGGCAAAAAUUGCAGGUGGUCAGGAACUGCAUGAGCCAGAUCCUAUCGAAGGCUAUCUCGUGCGUGUGAGCACGUUUGCAGGCAAUCCGAUACGUCGCUUCCGUCGACUUUACUUGACCUCGCACGACCACAUGCUGAUUUAUACAGUUCCGUCGGAGUCGCACAGCCCCACGAUGCAACAUGCAGGAUCGAUCGACCCUUUGACCCUCGUUUUCUGUAUCACCCCACAUCGAUCUGCUAAUCCGGAUCACAAGGAUAUGUCACAAAGCCGUUCUCUCCGCAGGCUGAAGGCGCAAGUGAAGGCAGCGCGUGGAUUCAUUGACAUGACCAAGAUUGAAGCUGUGAGAGUGUUGACUGUCCGGGAGUGGGAAACCAUGCGACAUGUGUCAUAUAAGAAGAGCAUGAAAGGGAGUAAGAGGGAGAGGUUGGGCAAGGCCGUCAUGCGCGCGACAGAGGCAGUAGAGGAAGCGGGGGAUCGUGCCAGAACAGCCAGUGCCAGUCAUCAGGUUGGCCAGCAAGAACAAGAGCCACAAGUCAUCGAGAGGGAACCGGACAACUACUUUUUCCCGACGAUUUUAGUUGAACCAGAGUCUCUCCAGCAGCAAACUGCUAUACCCGGAUCUAACAGUCAACAGCAGCAGCAACAGAGGCAUGGUGCGGCUAAUGGAAGCACACAUGAGUUGCACGGUUCUGAACCCCUGAACAACAGUCUGCGUAAGAAGCUCGCAGUUAACGGACACACUGCAACGACCUCACUCAGGGAGGGAUUCAUCAAAUCAGCAACGUUUGUUGCGGAUGUGCUACUUCACAACGAUACCGGCAACAUGGACAACCACCUGGAGGAUAGCAAUGUGAUCGAGGUUGAGAUGAAGGGUGGGCCCUGUGUUCGCUUCCGUGCCUUUAGUCCCGAGGCUGCCCAUCUCUGGUGUGACCAAUUACAGAAGCUGGCCGAGUAUUGGAAGCUGAGGAAGCACUUGGAUAUCAAGGAACACAUGUAUGUGUCGCAGGCGAACUGCCAGCUAGCGUCAAGUCUAGAUACUGACGAGAUCCAACUUGGAGAGACGAUCCAAGACUGGGAUAACGAUAGGGCGAUGGUGUCACCGGGUAUAUGGAACUGGUGUGUUGUGAAUGGGUGCCGGAGCAUUACAAAAUCUGGAAUGGUAUAUUAUAAACCCAAGUUGCACAGCACCUUCCGAAGGAUGUUCCUGGUCCUGACAGAGGGCUAUCUAAUGCUGUUCCACCCUCACCGGCGAUCCAAGACGACAGGACAGUUGGUUCCGACAACGGUGUCGAAGUUGGCCUCGAUCCAUUCGCUAAUGGAUAUCUAUAUCUACUCGGGCCACUUUUCGGACGAAGACACUGUGCAUGGGACGAACGAUGAAUCUGAGCGGCUGCCGCGGUAUUUCCCCGAUGGACUAAUCGUCGACGAUCCGGACGAAGACUGCACGUUUUCUAUCUGGCGAGGCAAGCGGAGGAGGAUGUUGAGUCGACGUGGUCCGGCGCUGCUGACGAUGUCAGCGCGAGCAGUGAGCGGAUCAUCGAAGGUCUUUGGCAAGGAUGGUCUGCUUUCGAGCAUUGUUAAGGACGGGGUGGUGUAUGGAAGCGCGCCACGGAGUUGCGGGGUGUUCAGAGCUCGAUCCAGGCCUGAUUUAGAGGAAUGGGUGUUUGCGAUCAACAAUGAGAUAGAGCGGGUUGUGCGAGCAGAACGGCGCCGGAUCCGGUUCGCAGGACGCAGCUGAGCGAGCUGCACGUCGAGACAGAACCUAACCGGGCAAGGACGCUGAAAUUGAUACUCUUAUGAGGACAGGCUCAGUAAUAAACGCACCCAUUGGUUGAAAAGAUAUCAUAUGAAUUUGGGUUCGGUGGAGUCAAACCGUAAGAUAGUCCACUUUGUUGAUUUUGCUCGAGAACUCAAUUGGAGGGCUGAAGCCCAGUUGCAUGGAAGAAAAGAGAGAUCGAGAUGAAUGCGGCAAAGAAGAAAGAGGAUUAGGAUGGAUGCAGCAAGUCGAGUGGAGAGGAGAGGAGGGGCGUCCUGUGAAUCAUGCAUGAAUCAUACAUCGUAU